AUGAAACUAAGUGUUCUCAUUCCCUUUAUCUCACUAGUUCUCUGUGAAGCUGCAAAGAGCAACGCCCCAGCAUCGGAUUCACCUGCUACAUCAGCUGACGGAACAGGGUCUUUGGCAUUUGCCGUUCCCUCAUAUGCAACAUCAGGAAGCUCCGCGGCAGUCAACAUCAUUUACUCAAUUGUACUGCUGGUGGCCAUAGCUUUUAUGAACAUCCCACGAAAGUCGUUGGAGCAGUCACAGUACUCUACUACUGCAGUGCUGGGUGGAUACUUCGCCGUGUCGCACAUUCUCCAGUCCUUGGGAAUAACAUUCGAAAUGCACAUGAUUGCAGCAGCAGUGGUUGGUGUCAUUGCAGCCGUCAUGUCCUAUAAAAAGGAGCUCAGAGACCUGCUCUUCAGCUUAAUCUCGGCCUAUGGAACGACAUACUUCAUUGUUUUGAUCACGAGGUUGGAAUCGCUUCUCUAUGCAAGCAUCUUGGGUGUGGUUCUCUUCUUUGUAUAUGUCAUCUAUGGAAAGAUGAGAGGAGACGAAAGGCUUCUAGUCGCAAUGUCGAAGGCCGAUGUGUCCAGUCUUGGGUUUGCAGCCUUUGUAAAUGUCUGGGGUGUUCUUGACCUGUUCGGGGGAAUGCAUGGGAUAAAUGCAAGCGAAGGGCUGUUCUCUGGAUUCCUUAUCGGUGGUAUCACAAUUCUCCUGGUUUUCGUCAUUGUAUUUGUGAUGAACUAUUUCCAGGAGUGGACUGAGGAAAAGAUAAACGGCUAG